CUCAUCGGCAGCUCAGCCGACCUUCCUGCACAGCUUGCCCCGAACCCCAUCCCUCAUCCUCCAGUCCCCCCUUCGGUCGGACCUUUCCUCUCAACAAGUCCGUCCUUUAAUUUUCCCUUCUGAAAAUACGUCGCAUUCAAGAUGUCACGGAGAUACGAUUCCAGAACAACCAUCUUCUCCCCCGAAGGUCGACUCUACCAGGUGGAAUAUGCGCUAGAGGCUAUCUCGCACGCCGGUACGGCUCUAGGAAUUUUGGCCAAGGAUGGAAUCGUCCUCGCGGCGGAGAAGAAGGUCACUAGCAAGCUGCUGGAGCAGGACACAUCGGCGGAGAAGCUUUACACGCUGAAUGACAACAUGAUCUGUGCUGUUGCUGGUAUGACGGCAGACGCGAACAUCCUUAUCAAUUAUGCCCGACAAGCCGCCCAGCGGUACCUUCUCACCUACAACGAAGAGAUCCCUUGCGAGCAACUGGUCCGUCGCCUGUGUGAUCUGAAACAGGGAUACACCCAGCAUGGUGGUCUCCGUCCGUUCGGUGUAUCGUUCAUCUACGCCGGUUACGACCCUCUUCGGCAGUUCCAGUUGUACCAGAGCAACCCCAGUGGUAACUACGGUGGCUGGAAGGCCACCAGUGUGGGUGCCAACAACGCAAGCGCCCAGAGUCUGCUCAAGCAAGAUUACAAGGAGGACUGUGACCUGAAGGAAGCCUGCGCCAUGGCCGUCAAGGUUCUCAGCAAGACGAUGGACUCCACCAAGCUGAGCAGUGAAAAGAUUGAAUUCGCCACGGUGGGCAGGACGGCAGACGGCCACAUCUACCACCAUCUGUGGAAUGCCGACGAGAUCAACGCUUUGUUGAAGGAGCAUGGGUUGGCCAAGGUGGAUGACGAGCCCGAGGCUGGCGAGAUCAAAUAAAUGAGAAAACGACCCCUUCCCGCUAUUUCAUCAGAAUAAUCCCAUUUGUUUUCGGCGACGCCUGUGUCCCUGGAAGAUGAUGUAGAUCCCUCAUACUCUGCUUGUAUGUAAGCUGCUCGAACCGGCCGGGGAAAUUACUCACGAGGCGGGUAAGGCCCAACAGCUGCAUCUGAAGCGCAACUGACGUUGUCCAUGGGUGACGUGGCAAGCGGCGAUGUCGAUUUGAGCACCGGAAAAUUCAUUAUUGCAUGUUGACCCUCGCGUCUCUGGCCCGAAUUCAAUCGAAUUCGUCACUGAGCAUUGCAGA